AUGGCAGACAUCCCGGAUACGCAGACCGUCCUCAUCCUCUAUGCUGCAAAGCAGCCGUACGAGACGGCAGAGGGCUACGCAGUACCCCAGCUCCAAGAUGAGAGGGAAGUGUUGGUACAGACGGAGCACAUCGGGCUGAACCCAAUCGACUGGAAGGCACCAGACUUCAACUUCGCAAUCCCCUCCCUCCCCUACAUCUCCGGCCGCGAGCUCGUCGGCCGCGUGGUCCGCCGCCACCCCUCCUCGACCUCCCGCCUCCAGCCCGGCGACCGCGUCCUCGUCAUCUCCACAGACUACCGCGACCUCCGCAAGGCCGCCUACCAGCAGUACGUCGCCACCGCAGACUUCAACGCCGUCCGCCUGCCCCCGCCCGCGGUCGUCUCCCCUGCCGCCGGCGCCACCCUCGGCGUCGCCUUCGUCGCCGCCGUCCUGUCCCUCGGCGUCUGCAUGGGCGUCGACUUCUCCUCCGUCCUCGACGGCCCCGACCUGCUCUCCCUCGUCCGCUCCAUCCCGCCGGACGCCCUCCCCGCCGACAUCCGCGCAGAGUGCCUCUCCGGCAUCCGGGACGGGGAGCGCGCUGUCGCGGGCGACUGGGUCGCCAUCUGGGGCGGGUCCUCGACGUCGGCCAACCUCGCCGUGCAGCUCGCGCGGCUGGCAGGACUCAAAGUCGUCACCGUCGUGGACAAACUGCGCCACGGCCUGCGUCUAUCCAACCACACCGUCCUCCGCCCAGACCUCCUCGUCGACAGCCACGACCCCUCGCGCGCCGUCGACAUCAUCCGCGCCAACGUCGGCAAGACGCUGCGCUUCGCCCUCGAUACCUCCGGCCGCGACUCCGCGACCUCGCUCCUGCGCGCACUCGCCCCUCAAGACCCGUCCAGGCCUCCCAGUCCGCCGGAUACCCCGCGCAACGCGGACCCAUCCCUCAAACACCUCAUCGGGCUCACGGGACUACCCAAGGAGGCUGCGCCAGAGGGCGUGGCGUACCACACUGUUCCCAUCAAAGUCUUCCACGAAGUCCCGGCCGUGGGCGAGGCGCUGGUCCUCUGGCUGGAGCGGCUGCUCGCGGCCGGGCUGGUCAGCGCGCCCGAGGUGCUCGGCGUAGAGAGCGGGUUCGAGGGUAUCAACCGCGGCCUGGACCGGAUGCGGCGCGGCGAGAUCCGCGGGGGCAGGAUGGUUGUCAGCCUUGCCAGCGACGCGGAGACGGGGUUUGCGAGGGAGCCGAGCGCGCCGCCGGCGCUGGUGGAUUCUCCUGGUGCUGGUGGCGCGGCGUCUUCGCAGUCUUCCAGCCCCGAGUUCACCGCCACCGAGCCCGGCGUGAGAGGACGGAGCGCGUCCCUGUGGCAGGGCGCGGCGGAGGAUGCCGUGCCGAGACACGUGCCGGACGGCGGCAUCUCGUCGGAGGAGCAAGCGGGCACGUCGCGGAGUGCUACUGGGUUCUUGUGGCAGCCGAAGCAGGCUGGGAUCGUCGCUGAGAAGCCCCUCUCAUAG